AUGCCUACAGAGAUUGAAGAGCUGGUGGAAUUCCUCCACCAUGGAAACACCCAAAUCCGCCAAAUCGCGGCGGAAAACCUGGUUGGCUUCUCUACAGCCCAACCUUCCCUCUUCAAGCGUGUCCAGCUCGAACCGAUCAAGGACCUGAAGCUGCUGGUCCGGGAUUACGGCCCAAUUGCCAAAAAUGCCCUGACGAUGCUGAUCAACUUGUCGGACGACAAGGAGAUUGUCGAGAAUUUGGCCAAAGAUGAUGUCCUGCUUGAAUCGCUGCUGAAGCGGAUAACUAGUCCGAAAGAUCCCAACGCCAACGAAAUCGCCAUGCUCCUCGCUAACAUGGCCAAGUCAGACGAGAUGAAGCGCAUCCUCGCGUUGGAGCGAGAUGUGCCGAAGGAUCUCUCGACGUCCAAGAACGCCAUGGACCAGCUAAUGGACUGCUUCGUCAAAGGCGCAGCAGGCAGCUACAACAAGCAUUCGGACUACGACUACCUUUCAUAUUUCUUCGCAGACAUUGCCAAGUUCGAAGAAGGACGAAACUACUUCCUGUCCACCCGGCCCUACGACUCCGUCAUCCCGCUCAGCAAAAUCGUCGUCUUCACCGAACACAAGUCCCAUAUUCGGCGCAAGGGCGUCGCGUCUACCAUCAAGAACGUUUCCUUUGAAGUCAACUCGCACCCUCUUCUCCUCUCGUCCGACGAAAACCCACUCAUCCCAACCGAGGACAACAACAGCACCACCAACAUCGACACCAGCGGCUCCACGGGCGUCAAUCUUCUCCCUUACAUCCUCCUGCCCAUUGCUGGUCCCGAAGAGUUUGCCGAACACGAAUCCAUGGCCAUGCUGACAGACCUGCAACUCCUCCCGCCCGACAAGGAGCGCGAUCCUGACCCGGCUAUCAUCACGACUCAUCUGGAAACGCUCCUGCUCUUGACAACGACCCGCGAGGGAAGAGACUACAUGCGCAGCGCGGCGGUGUAUCCUCUUGUGCGCGAGACGCAUUUGCAUGUGGAGAACGAGGAAGUGCGCGAGGCUUGCGAUCGCCUUGUCCAGGUCAUUAUGCGCGACGAGGAAGGCGAAGAGAAGCCUCUCCCGCCCAUGGCCGAGGAGGAGCUGCAGAAGCUCCAGAAGAAAGAGGCGCAAAAGGGAGGCGUGGUUGGUGAAGUGAAGGAGGCUGAUGAUGAGGAGACGAUUGAGGAGGUGCUUUGA